AUGCGCAUUAUCCCGCUAUUGACCAAAUGUAUUUCUACCCUCUGCAGAGGUUAUCACUCUAUUCACACCGCCCGCACGCUUGACGCCAUGUUCAUCCUGGCUUUCUUUGAUUUUCUCAGAUGCUCUGAGCUCACUAUCACAUCUAGCUUCAAUCCAAACAUCCACCCCACUAUCUCCGAUCUAGCAGUGCUGGAUGACGAAACCAUCUCUUACUUCAUUAAGCAAAGUAAAACAGACCAGACCAAGAAAGGCCAUUUCAUUUUUAUUUUCAACCUACAAUCACCCAUACUACCAUACCAAGCCCUCCUAGCCUUUGUCCAGCUCAGGAAAUCACAGUCCAAACUCCCAUCCGACCCCCUUUUUACAGAUGACUCCAACCGCCCCGUCACUCGUUUCUGGUUUCAAAAGCACCUUAAAUCCAUUCUACUCCUAUCCGGUACCCCAGCUGAUAAUUUUUCCAGCCAUUCAUUCCGAAUUGGCGCAGCAACCACAGCGGCCCAAAAAGGCCUCUCCCAGCAGCAGAUACAAGCACUCGGUCGCUGGUCGUCAGAAGCUUUCAAGAGCUACAUUCGAUCGGACCGCUCCCACAUCAAGGAAGCCCACCGAACCCUCAUCGGCCGAGGAUCGAAUAUCACUAACUGA